AUGGCCACGAAUGAAACAGAAAAUGAUGCUACGAUCGCUCAGAUUUUAACUGACGAAUAUAAUUUUGAAUCAGCUUCAUAUAAUUCAGAUCCACCAAGAUCAUUAAAAUCAUAUUGGAAGGAUUCACCGGUACAUUUUACGAACAAUUAUCAACAACAAAUAAAAGAUCAUACAUCAUCGACUUCAAAUGAAAAUCAAAAAUGUACACAAGACUUUGAAGUAGAUAGUGAAAUAGCAUAUAUUUUGCAAAUUGAAGAAAUUAUUGCACUAGAGAAUAAAAUUAGUCAGAAAACACUCAAUUAUAGUGAUACUCAAUUGGAAAAAACUCAUACAGGUAUGACAAAAGCAUUACAACCAACAAAUGAAUCCGAUAUGACGACUAGAAUUAUUGCUAUGUUUGCUACUAUUCAAACACGUUAUACUGAGUGUCAAGAAAAAAACCAAGCUACUAUCGAAAAAAUUCAAAUAUUAUCAGCUCAAUUAUCUCCGCUAUUAUUAUCAUUCAAAAGACACGGAGCAGUUGGCAUAUCGAGAGCAGUUGCACCCAGUCUUGCUGUCGGUCUUAUUACUAAUGUUCUUCAAGGUAAUAUAAAAUUUGAUGAUGCUAAAAAUAUUAUACUGAAUAUGUUACAAAUAUGGAAUGAGUCGAGUGUUUGGUAUGAGUUCUUGGAACAACUUGUUUACAUAUUAUUAGCAUUAACAAUACCAUCGUUUGCUCAAGGAGCAAUGGGAAAAGUAAUGGAAAAAGUUUCAUCUUUUAAAUAG